CUGCACCUCUCGUCCCUGGACGACAAGUGGACGGUGGAAUACAUAUGGCUCGGCGGCAACGACGGCGACCUGCGCGGAAAGACGCGGACGCUGGAGGGUCCGAUACGCGCGGUAUCGGACAUCCCGACGUGGAACUACGACGGCUCGAGCACGAACCAAGCCCCGGGCAUCGACAGCGAAGUCACGCUCGUUCCGAGGAAAGUCUACCGAGACCCGUUCCGCGCGUUCUCCCCCCUCCUCGUGUUGUGCGAUUGCUACGAGCCGGCGACGAGAGCGCCUCUUAAGACCAACGCGCGCGCGAGAGCGGCGCGGAUCUUCGAGCACCCGGACGUCGCGUGCGAGGAGCCUUGGUUCGGGAUAGAGCAAGAGUACACGCUGCUGGACUCCACGACGGGGUGGCCGAUCGGUUGGCCCGUCGGCGGGUUCCCCGCGCCGCAAGGUCCGUACUACUGCGGCGUCGGGAAGAUGUACGGACGAGAAAUCGCGGAGGCGCACUUCCGAGCGUGUCACUACGCCGGUCUGGACGUCGGCGGCUUAAACGCGGAGGUGAUGCCGUCGCAGUGGGAGUUCCAAGUCGGCCCGUGCGUCGGCAUCGACGCCGGCGACCAGCUCUGGGUCGCCCGGUACAUCCUCCAACGCGUCUGCGAACUCCGCGGCGACGUCGUCGUGACGUUAGACCCCAAGCCCGUCGCCGGGGACUGGAACGGCGCGGGCGCGCACGCAAACUACAGCACGCGGUCCAUGCGCACGCCCGCGCUCGGCGGGAUCAAAGAGAUGGAGCGCGCCAUCGCUCGCCUGCGAGAACGUCACGCGGAGCACAUCGCGGCGUACGGUUCCGGGAACGAGCGACGGCUCACGGGUAAGCAUGAGACCGCGGCGAUGGACGAGUUUAGCUACGGCGUCGCGGACCGCGGCGCGUCCAUUCGCAUCGGGAACGAGAGUUACCUCGCGCGCGCCGGGUACAUGGAAGACCGCCGCCCCGCGGCGAACAUGGACCCGUACGUCGUCACCGCGAUGCUCGCGGAGACGACGUUGCUU